AUGGGUAGCUUACAGUUGGAAAGUACUACACCUAAUCUUGAUGGUGAAACUACUUCACAUUUGGACCGAGAAUUCACAUCCCAUGUUAACGAGUCAGAAAUUGUAGGAAGAGAGAAUGCUGAAUCCCACAUAGUGAAACUUUUAACAACCCAUAUCGCAUCUUCUUCUUCUUCAUCUCCAUCAUCAUCAUCUUCUGAAAACAUUUCUGUAAUAUCCAUAGUGGGUAUGGGGGGGCUGGGUAAGACAACACUCGCACAACUCGUUUACAAAGACGAAUGGGUAAACAAAGCCUUCGUGAUAAAAAUGUGGGUCCAUGUCUCUGAAAUUUUUGAUAUUGAAAUCAUCUUAGUAAAAUUAAUGGAGUCCAUUACUCAAACUAAGUUCCAUAGGCUUUCAAAUUUUCGUGUACUAGUAAAUAAAGUUCAAGAAGAGUUAAAUGGGAAAAAAUACUUGUUAGUAUUAGACGAUUUAUGGAACGAGGAUUCAGAGCAAUGGGGGAUCCUCAUGUCUGUGUUGCUCGCUGGUGGUCCAGGGAGUAAGAUAUUAAUCACCACACGUAAUCACCAAGUUGCAUCUGUUGUUGAGGGGAGUAUUCCACCUUACAAUUUGGAUCCACUACCAGAUGAUGCAUGUUGGUCUAUUAUUAAACAAAAAGCCUUUGCUCCUGGUGGAGCAUUUGAUGCUCCAAAAAUGUCAGAUAUCGGAGAACAAAUGGCAAAAAAAUGUUGUGGUUUACCACUUUCAGCAAAAUUUCUAGGAGGUCUAAUGCACUUAAAAAAUAAAGAAAGUGAUUGGAUAUCAAUUAGGGAUGAUGAUAUCUGGAACACAUCAAAAAGCAAAACAAAGAUCCUAUCUGUAUUAAAACUAAGUUAUAAUAAUUUACCAUCUCAUUUGAAACAAUGUUUCUCAUAUUGCUCAAUCUUUCCCAAGAACUGGGAGAUUCGUAAAGAAACUUUGGUUCAUCUUUGGAUGGCAGAAGGAUUUCUAAAACAAUCUAAUAUAAGAAACAAGAGAUCUAUUGAAGACUUUGGACGUGAUUAUUUUGAAAGUCUGGCGUGGAGCUCCUUUUUCCAAGAUUUCAAAAAGAACGAACUGGGCAAUAUUGAGACAUGCAAGAUGCAUGAUCUUGUGCAUGAUCUUGCACAAGAUGUUCUUGGGGAAAAUGAAAUCAUGUCGCUCAAGGCAAGUAAGCUUACAGAUGUUUUCAAAUUUUAUCGGUUACACUUAGAUUUGGAUGAACACAUAUCAACAACAUUUCUGAAAAGCGUAAGUGAUGUGAAGAAGUUGCGGACACUAUUUAUCCCUGAAGGUUCAGACCUGGAUCCGUCUAUAUUCUCAGAAAAUAAUCUCUUACGUAUCUUACAUGUGGGUUCUUCACCAACUCCUUCUCUGCUAAAGUUGUCUUCUUUGAGGGUUAAACUAAAACAUUUAAGGUACCUUCGCCUGACCCUCCUUGAUCUUAGAGAAAUAGAGGAUGAUCACUCCAUCAAUAAGCUUUAUAAUUUGGAGACGUUGGUAUUGAGUAGAAUAGCCGGGGUUCAAAGUCUACUUACAAACAUUCAAUCUUUACAAAAAUUAAGAUAUCUUGAAGUCUCGUGGACAGAUAUGAUAGAACAACUACCUGUUUCUGUCACAAGUCUUUCUAAUUUGCAAACCUUGGAUCUCAGUAAUAAUGGCUUAUUGAAAGUCAUUCCCAACUCUAUCUCUGGUUUGAAAAAUCUAAGAUUUCUGAAUUUGUCAUUCAACCCAAUCGAAGAAUUACCUGUUUCUAUCACCACUAUCUCCAAUCUGCAAACACUAGACGUCAACACCUGCAAAAGUUUAAAAGCCUUACCAGAGUAUGUUGCAGAUCUUUCUAAUUUGGAGAUAUUUAAUUUCAAAAACUGCCCAUUACUAGAAGCAUUACCCAAAGAUUUUGGAUCAUUAGCACAGCUAAGGUUCAUUGACCUAGAGGGUACUCAAAUCAGAGUAUUACCCGAGGCAUGCACUAACCUCAACAAUCUUGAGUAUGUGAAUCUUGGGGAGUGUGAGCUUUUCAAAGAGGUAACGAAUUGGAUCAAACUAAGACAGUUUUAUCACAGGGGAACACUAAUGGUGGGUAUAAGGAAAUUAGUCUUCCUGCAAACACUGACUUACAAAGUGCGGGAAAAAGUUAUGAACGAGCCUGAGUGCAAUGAUGGUAUCGAAGAGUUGGCGAACCUAAACUUUCUUGAGGAGCUAGCUAUUGGGGGUCUUCAAAACGUGAAAGACCCAAUAGAUGCUGAAAGAGCAAAUUUGAAAAGAAAGCACUAUCUUCGUCAGUUAGCACUAGUUUGGAAAGAAGUAGAAGAAGAAGAAUCCUGUAAUCAUCUUCAAGUACUUGAAGCUCUCCAACCUCCUGCUGGUCUGAGAUCAUUGGGAGUUCAUAAUUUCUUGGGGUCGGGCCUUCCCAGUUGGAUGUGUGUUCCAGAUACUCUUAUGAAUUUGGAUAUAUUGGUACUUAAAAACUGCAAAGAGAUUAAACAACUACCUGCGUCUAUUGGGCAGCUGUCACGUCUCAAGCAUCUUGAUCUUACAGGAAUGUCUUUGAAGAGGCUAGAUGUGGAUGGAUUUCCUUCCUUAAUUGAACUCCAUCUUAAUGAUAUGUUACAUCUAGAAGAAUUGUGUUAUUCGUACCAUUGUCUUCAGGAUCUGAGAAUCAGAGGCUGCAAAAGGUUAACAGAAAUCCCUUCGUUUCCUUCUCUGAAGAUAUUGUUAUUAAAGAAUAAGAUCGACCCCAAGUUAGUUUGCUCAGUUGGGAGAAGCCAGACAUCUCUGACAGGCCUAUGGAUCAAUUAUGUUGAGGAUCUUAUAUAUUUCCCAGUAAGCAUACUCCAAAACAAUUGUAAUCUUCAAACUCUUCAUAUUUUAGAGUGCAGUCAGUUUCAAGGAUUUCGAGUAACUGAUGACGAAGAUGAGAACGUGGCUUCUCUAUAUGGCCAUGAACACUUCAGUGGCUCUCUUGAGAAAUUAAAAAUCUAUGAUUGCCCAGCUCUAAAGUUUCUUCCAGAUUUACGAGGAUGGACUUCUCUUCGGGAAUUAGUCAUCUUCAACUGCCCACAAGUGAAGGAGUCUUUAACCUAUGAUCUCAGAGAACUCUCCUCUCUUGAAAAUCUGUUAGUUGAUUUUAUUCAAAGAGACAUGCUGCUAAGAGAUCCAUCUGGUCCAAUAGAGUUAAUUAAUUUGGUGGAGCUUUAUUCAUAUCUUAGGCUACAAAGUUGA